AUGACUUGUGAUGAUGGAAGACCAUGUCAACGAUGUAUAAAACGUAGUAUAGGACACAUGUGUCACGAUGAGCCAAAAAUAACAGCCAAUUCGACGGCGCAACAAAUAGCCUCUGCUGUCAAUGAUAGAGGUGGUUCUCAUCAUCCUCCUUCAGCAAUUAAUGCAAAUUUGAUAUCUUUACCACCAACAGAUGCUUUUAAUCAGAUGUCAGCUUACUCGCCAUUACCUUCGACUCCUCUAAAAUUUGCAAGUGCGCAAAUGGGAAAUGAGUUUACCGUCAUUAGCGAAUUCCUAGAAGACAUACACGGAAACCAUCAACAACAAUUUAACAUUGACGGCAGCCCACUAAAUAUCACCGAAAAGUUUUAUUUAACAGCUGCAGAUCCAUCAGAUGGAACUUCGGAGGCAAGACUGACUCAAGUGAUUAACGCGAAAUUCGAGGCAGGAUUUUUGAAGCCGUACAAUUAUGUGAAAGGGUAUGCGAGGCUGCAACAGUUUAUGGAAAAGAACAUGACAAAUAAUAGUCGACAAAGAAUUCUAUUUUCUUUAGGAAUGUUUCGACCAGCGUUUCGUGCUGUUGCUCAAUCACUAAUGGAUUUGGAUUUGGUGUUGGUUGAAGAGCAGUUUGAGAGACUAUUAUUGGAUUACGAUAGAGUAUUCAGUUCAAUGGGAAUACCCGCAUGUUUGUGGCGAAGAACUGGCGAGAUCUACAAGGGUAAUAAAGAAUUUGCGUCGCUUGUUGGUGUUCCUAUUGAAAUGUUACGAGAGGGGCGGAUAUGUAUCUAUGAGAUAAUGGCUGAAGAAUCUGCAGUGAAUUAUUGGGAGAAAUACGGAAACAUUGCAUUCGAUCCGGGACAAAAAGCCGUGCUAACUUCAUGUCUCUUGAAACAAUCAAUAGUCCGACCAAAUAUACUAUCACUCUCACCAUAUCGAUGCGCACGAGACGACUACUCUUCCGGGAUACUACUCGAUGCUAACGAAAACUCGUUAGGUUCAUCACUUGACGAGACACGAUUCCACACGCCGACAAAGAGUCCAACAGAUGACCACCUGAACCGAUACCCAGAUCCACAUCAAACUCUCGUCAAAGAACGUUUGGUCGAGUUUCGUGGGGUGCCAUCGACCGAUUACCUUUUUCUUGGUGUUGGCUCGGAUGAAGUUAUCGAUUUGUUGAUUCGGAUAUUUUGUGUACCUGGAAAAGAUAAAAUUUUGAUUACGCCUCCGACGUAUGGGAUGUAUCCAGUCUCAGCGAAGAUUAAUGAUGUGGAGAUUUAUAAAGUUAAUUUGCAAAUUGAAGAUGGAGAGGAUCGGUUUCAGUUGCAGAAUGAGCAGAUUUCAGAUGCAUUAUCAAAAAAUCCCACCACGAAAAUAAUUUUUCUAUGUUCGCCAGGAAACCCAACUGGUAAUGCACUGAAUUAUUCAUCGAUCAAGGCUGUUCUCGAAGAUCCUAAUUUUCACGGAAUUGUUGCCGUCGAUGAAGCUUACAUUGAUUUCACAAAAGGUGAUGAUAAUAUUGGAAGUGUCGUAAAAUGGGUUGAACAAUACCCGAAUUUGAUUGUUAUGCAAACUUUGAGUAAAAGUUUUGGAUUGGCGGGAAUUAGACUAGGUAUUGCAAUAGGAAACCCAAAGAUCAUACGUCUAAUGAACAACACAAAAGCUCCAUAUAAUAUAAGCACCCUAACAUCAAAAGCUGCACUAUCAGCACUAACCACCGAAAACAUUUCAAACAUGCGCAACAAAAUCAUCACGAUUCUCUCUGAACGCGCAAAGCUCACAACUUCUCUAAAAAGCAUUCCUGAAAUUAAAAUAAUCGGUGGAAAAGACACAAAUUUCCUCUUGGUCCAAAUAUUGGAUGAAGCUCGUCAAUCACCGUCUAGUAAUCGAGCUCAAUGGCUGUAUCGAGAAUUGGCAGAACAUAGCAGGAUCGUGGUCAGGUAUCGUGGAAACGAAGUUGGAUGUGAAGGGUGCUUACGGAUUACAGUUGGUACGCCGGAUGAGAAUAAAGAGUUGGUUAAACAUCUGAGUCGGUUGUUGGGUGAAAAUAUCGAUCAAUCGACUUAG